AUUUUUUUAUUAGGGACGACUUUCGGGAUUAUGCCAACCUCGGCUUCCAAGAAUUUGGCGAUCGAGUGAAACAAUGGGCGACCCUAAAUGAUCCAAAUUUAUUUUCCGAGGCAGGUUAUGCAACGGGCGAAGGUGCACCGGGUAGAUGUUCUAUCUAUAUGGGAAAUUGCUCAGAGGGAAAUUCAGCAACUGAGCCUUAUGAUAGUGAUGCAUCACUCCAUUCUUUCUCAUGCAACCGCUGUACAAUUGUAUAAAGAAAAAUAUCAGUUCCCAUUGUUGGAAGAAGUAAUGGUGGCUCAAUGUGCCAACUUUGAGACCUUCUGUCACGGAGUCGUGAGGACUCCCAGCCUGCAGAGAAUACAAUUAACACAAGAAGAUGAUGUAGGGCGUCCAGCGGUUGAGCUGAAUGACACCAUAAAUCAAUCGUACAAAGAAAAGUUGGUGGAAAUAUGGAACAAGAAUCCUCAAGAGAUCUUGGAUUUCAAACAGCCUUGUGUCCUUGAAAUUUGUAAUCGUAGUGAUUUGAAAUAUCUCUUAACACCUUCCAUGGCCUUGAGCCUCGUUUCCCUCACAGAGAUGAAAGUAAAAAACAGUGAAAUGAUGGAGCAAAUCAUCACAGAGGAGGAAGCUACGGAGGCAAAUGAAAAAGGGAUAAUAUUCCCACUGAUAGAAACCAUUAACUUGAAGUCUUGUCCCAACUUGACAAGUUUCUGUGUGCAAGUGAAAGGAGCAGCAGAAGGAGGAAGUGCAGAAAGGAUUGGAAAGGAGGCCAUUGAUAUCCCUAUUGCACCCUUUUUCAGUGACCAGGUCUGUUUCUUCACCUAGAAUUGUUGGUUUCACAUUUUCUCGACUUUUGAUCCACUUGUGCAGCCUAGAUUAUAUUAUUCUACUUCUACUAUGUGCAUAAAUAUUCUUAUGGUUA